GCUGAGUAAACAGGCGUAAGAAGACUGAGCUGCACCCGGAAAGUGGUUUUCUGGCCGCCUGUCUGCCUUUCACGCCUUGUGUCUUCUUCCGGCCCCCACGCCCGCUGUGGGUCUGGCACCAGAUUCAGAUCCAGCUGCAUCGGGGCUCCACGCUGCCCGGGGCUGCUCCGCAAACGGUGAGGGUAGAGCAGCGAAGCAGCUGCGCCCUCCGCGCAUCAGGGCUGUGCUCCGUCCGCGCCGGCUGCCUGGAGCUUGAGGCAGUGCUCAGCAGGUCUCUCUCUCUCUCUCAAUCUCACACACACACACACACACACACAACACACACACAGACCCUCUUAACCCCCUCCUCUUCCUCCUCUGCCUCCUCCCUUUGCGCGUCUUUCUUUCUUUUCUUUUCUUUUUGCCGGCUCCAGUGGCGCUGUCCACCCUCUUGGUGCUGAAUCCGCUUCCUGCCGUAGCUGCCUCUGUACGAUUUGAGAGCAGCCAAUUCGGAUUGAGGAGGAGGAGGAGGUGGGUUCUGUCUCCCGCUCUCUCUCUCUCUCUCUCUCUCUCUCUCUCGCUUCUUGGAAGCGCCUCGAGACCGCUGUCCGAGGCACCUGCUGCUCAGCGAGGGUCCCUCCAUCCUCUUCCUCUUCUCCCCCCCCCACGCCCUCCUCCUCCUAGUUAACAAAUUAAAUACCCCUACCAGGAAACGGGGAGGAGGGAGCAGCGCCCUCUCUGCAUGAGCCCUGCAUUCAGACGACUGGGGAAGUUCAAGAGCCAUCACCAUCCCUCACAGAGGAGCGGCAAGAGAGUAGCAACUGAGGUCUCCAAGGAGUUGGGGGCCUCCUCUCCAAGAAGGAAGCAAAGAUCAAACCCUCCGGAUUGGAGUUCCUUCCUCACCACCCACUGUCCUUCCUUAGCCAAAGGCAGUUCUCCCUGGAAAUUGGAGCCAUCCUCCCUGGGGGCAUUCCAGAGUGUGGCAGCCUCUUUCCCGUGGAGGGGGCCCAUGGUGUGGCCAGACCCCAGCCUUGGCUCGGCUCUGGGUAUCCUGGACAAAGGGCCAGUGAACAUGAGGGGGCUCAUGGAGGAGUGAGAGGCCGAGAAAGAGGGGAGCCAAAGAGACCGUGGAAAGUUGUGGAUAUACAUGACCAGAGGAAGUAUUGUAAUCUCUGCUCUUGGAAUUCGUAUGGCUUGAAGGGAGAAGAGACUGUGCCUCACCCCCCUGAAACCUCCCAUGAAUCCCAGAAGGGAGGGCGUUCCAAAGAAAGGGAACAUGGCAGACAUGGCAAAGAUCAUGGGAUGAGUCUGGGAACAGAGACGGGAUGAGAUUGCCAAGGAGAUAUGCAGAUCCCGAAACCGGCCGGCUUGACUCCAUGGAUUUCCACAACUUGUCCUGGUACGAAGGGGACGAUGGCAACAGGACCUUCAACGGGUCCAACUCGGAAGCGAAGCCUCCCCAGUACAACUAUUACGCCAUGUUGCUCACACUCCUCAUCUUUGUGAUUGUCUUUGGCAACGUGUUGGUGUGCAUGGCCGUGUCCCGGGAGAAAGCCCUUCAGACAACCACCAACUACCUGAUUGUCAGCUUGGCGGUGGCUGAUCUUCUUGUGGCGACCCUGGUGAUGCCGUGGGUGGUGUACUUGGAGGUCGUGGGCGAGUGGCGGUUCAGCCGCAUCCAUUGCGACAUCUUUGUCACCCUGGAUGUUAUGAUGUGCACAGCCAGCAUCCUCAACCUUUGUGCCAUCAGCAUUGACAGGUACACCGCCGUGGCCAUGCCGAUGCUGUACAACACUCGCUACAGCUCCAAGCGCAGAGUCACGGUCAUGAUUGCUGUGGUCUGGGUCCUGUCUUUUGCCAUCUCCUGCCCUUUGCUUUUUGGGCUGAACAACACAAAGGAGAAUGAGUGUAUCAUUGCCAAUCCUGCCUUUGUUGUGUAUUCCUCUAUCGCCUCCUUCUACGUCCCCUUCAUUGUCACCCUGCUGGUGUACGUGCAGAUAUACAUAGUGCUGCGGAAGCGCAGGAAGCGUGUCAACACCAAGCGCACCGGCGCCACCCACGGGGGGCUGGACUCUGACACACAGGCCCCGCUGAAGGACAAAUGCACUCAUCCAGAAGAUGUCAGGCUGUGCACGCUCAUCGCAAAGACCAAUGGGAACUUCUCAGUUCAUAAAGGAAAAGUGGAGGCGGCAGUGAGCCACAUGGAAGAGAUAGAGAGGGCCACCAGUACCAGCCCCCCCGAAAAGAGCAAAUACAAGCCACCUGUACCAAGUACCAACAAACUGGUCCUGCCAGCCACGUCCAACCAGCAUGCCAAUUCCAGCUUCCCGUCUCCUGCAGACAGCCCAGUGAAAGUGGAGAAGAACGGGCACACAACGCUAAACCUGAAAACUGCCAAGGUCUUUGAGAUCCAGACUAUGCCCAACGGCAAGACAAGGACUUCCCUCAAGGCUAUGAGCAGAAGGAAAUUCUCGCAGCAGAAGGAAAAGAAAGCCACUCAGAUGCUGGCCAUUGUGCUCGGUGUCUUCAUCAUCUGUUGGCUCCCUUUCUUCAUCACCCACAUCCUGAACAUGCACUGCAAUUGUAAUAUCCCCCAGGCCAUGUACAAUGCCUUCACCUGGCUUGGGUAUGUCAACAGUGCCGUCAACCCCAUUAUCUACACAACGUUUAAUGUUGAGUUCCGGAAGGCCUUCAUGAAGAUCCUUCACUGCUAGCUUCCCCUUGAGGACCAGCUGCAUGAAUAGCACCAUCAAGCAAGGGGUUCCUGAAGACACCUUGUGUGGUAGGUGGACCACAAGCACACAGUGUUCAGAGUGCCAUGCCAGCAGCACAUUUUUGCAGCUGGAAGCAAGAGUAGUCUUGGUCAGAGGGUGUAUCAUUCUCCAUGACAUCCAGAGUCUGCGAGAUUCAACAAGAAGCAGUUCAUUUCAAAUGCUACCUUUGCACUGUGCUAAAACGAAUUAGAGAAAACGCCCCUAACGCCACCUGCCUGUGAUCAGCAAGAUCUCUGGUGCAUUGUCUACACAUUUUAGCCGAGUCCAAUUGCAGGACACAAACAUCUGCUGGCUGACAAUGUUACUGAUACAUUUCUCACCAAAGACGCAGCCAUCCCAUCUGCUUUGCAAUAGGAGCCCCCUUUCCCAAAGUCAAGGCUUCUGGGAAUCGGGCACAUGGGCCUGGACUAUGGAUUUCCACUGCCCACUUGGGUUUCCAUUGAACAGACAAGGCCUGAGAGAUGGAGAUGCCAUCCAGGCUUUCAGUGGCCUAAACACUGUUUCCAGUCAUAUGAGUUUCCAAGGGAGGAGGCAAAAGAAAAUGGAACUCAGGGUCGAGUGGGAAAGGGUCUCCUAACACCAAUGUAUAUAUGAAUAAAUAGGAUGAAUUGAGCAAAAGCCCAAGCCAAAAACCAAUAAUGAAUAAAGUGAAAUAUUCAAACGCUUUGUCUUGCAUGGUAUACAUUGUAAGUAAAAAAGGUACUUUUCAUUGACACUCUGAAGUGACAGGCAGGCAUCUCCGCUUAUAUUCACCAGCAUCCCUGUUUCCAGUGUGUGAUUACAUGCCAUUGUGUGGAAGUCAAGUGAACCCAACAGAGCUAGGGACACAUCUGAGGAGACAGAGAAGGUGGGAAAGACAAGAGGACGUCAGGCACUCACGGUGGAUCUGAUGUGCAGAGAAAGCUCCAUGCAUACAGCUGAGUGUGUUAAGACAGUGGUUGUCAGUCUUGGGUUGCCGGAAGUUGUUGGAUGACAACUCCCAUCAUCAUCAGCUGCAAUGGCCAAAGGCCUUUGGGGAACCCCAUCUUGGGGACCCAAGGCUGGCCGCCCCUAAGGUCAUCUUUGGUUCUUGCCAACACUAACUUUUUUUCUGUUAAAUGGAGAAAGGAGGAGGAGGAGGCAGAUCAUCCUCAUGGGUAAUCUCAGUUUCUCUUUCUGUCUGUUGAGAUGGUCAGUAGGAACAGGGAGAAGAGAUGGAUUCCAAUGAAUGGGUUUUAUUCCCAACAGAGUUUGACUUUAGCUGUUGCCUUCCAUUGGGAAUAAAGUGAAGGGGAUCAGUGCAGAAUGGGAGCCGAUCCAACAUUACAUAAGAACAUAAGAGCAGCCCUGCUGGAUCAGACUCAAGGCCCAUCUAGUCCAGCAUCCUGUUUUGCACAGUGGCCCACCAGAUGCCGCUGGAAGCCUACAGGCAGGAGUUGAGGGCCUUCCCUCUCUCCUGCUGCUACUCCCCUGCAACUAGUACUCAGAGGCAUCGUGCCUCUGAGGCUGGAGGUGGCCUAUAACCCUCCGUCUAGUAGCCGUUGAUUGAGAGACCUCUCCUCCAUGAAACAUUCAUUGAGCAGACUUCGCAAGAAUUCAACUUGCUCCCUAAUGUGAGGCAUAUUAUAUUGCAACCCUCAGGGCACAUUGAUUCUCUUUGGGUCUCAAUGGACAGCAACUGCAAAUAGCAACACAUGGGAUUAAAAAGCAUUUGUCAGAAUUGGACUUUUGACAUAAUCUGUCCAGUGCCUGGCAGAGUUGGUUGCUCAGCUCUAUGCAAGAAGAUUACCGAUCCUUCUGAGCAAACCUCUGGGCCUGGGGCUUUUCAGGAAGGGAUAUGAUAGGGACCACCCUAGUACAAGAUGUUUGCAUUGUCAGAAAACAAAACCCACACCAUUUAGUUCUCGUGUCCCCCUCCCCAUUUUUAGAUCCUCCAUUUUAAUUUUUUUUAAAAAAAAACAUGAUGUCCUUUGCAAUUACCUAUUCAAUCCUCCCCAUUGGCAAUUUCUAAAUAUUCUGAGGAAGACAUAAAUUGUCAUGUUGCUAUACAUUUAACCACUUUCCUUACAAAACCCAUUUAGAAUUGGGUUUUUUAAAACCAGCUUUGAUUCACUGAAGUUCACUUAUUCCUGCUGCAGGUUCCCCCUGGUAAAGUCAGUGGGACAAAAAAACCAAAAUAAAAUCCACUAACAUGUUUUAAAUGAGAUGUUUCCAAGUCACCAUCAGGGCAUCCUUGUGGUUCACAGUAAGGAAACCAUCGCCCACCCACAUCUCGCUGAUCUAACUGCCGGUGCUGUAACAGCUAAUUGUAUCUUUUGUAAGACCUCUGUGGCUAUUAUAGAGACAGUUAAUAAAAUG